CCCAUAUGCCCCCAUAUCCCACUCUAUCCGGUUUUGUUAUUCCGCGACACCAUACCGUAAUUUCGGGGCAACUCGACGUAUGCGACAAAAUGCAGGGAACAAAGAAUGGAGAGUUGACGGCCCAGCAAAUAGAAAAUCUCCCGAUAGAUAUCAGCUCCACUAAACUACUUGAUUGGCUGAUAGAUCGCAGGCAUGUAAAUCUGAAAUGGCAGUCUGCUGCCCUCAUCAUUCGUGAGAAGAUCAAUCAUGCUAUCCAGGAUAUGCCCGAGGUAGAAGAGAUUAAAAAACUCUUGGCUGGAACAUACAUAAACUACUUUCACUGUUUAAGAAUCGUUGAACUGCUAAAAGUUUCAGAGGAGAGUAGCAAGAAUAUAUUUGGGUAUUAUUCAUCUCAGCGCAUGAAGGAUUGGCAAGAGGUUGUGAAACUGUAUGAAAAAGACAACAUCUAUCUUGCAGAAGCAGCUCAUAUGCUGAUCCGAAACGUAGGCUUUGAAAUUCCAUCUCUGAAGAAGCAGAUUGCAAAGUGCCAACAGUUGCAAGCAGAAUGCUCUAAGAAAGAAAAGGAUUAUGCAGAGAGUGCCAACUCAGCUAGAGAUGAAUACAAACAAUCAUGCAAACAGCUUGGUAUAAAGGGAGAAAAGAUCCGAUCAGAGUUGUUAGAGCUUGUAUCAGAGCUCCCACAGACAUACAGGUCAAUAGAAGAGCAGGCUAGGAAACUGAGUCAAGUUCUGGAGUUCUAUCAAGCAUUUGUCCAGUUUGUCAAUGGAAGUGAUGAAGAAAGCAUGGGAGAUGUGUGUCCAAUGCUACAGUACCUAACACAGCAUGGGAACACUACUGUUUAUCAAUGGAGAACAGGGAAAGUCCCAGACAGGGUUGAAGAGGUCAAACUAAGCUUCCUGGAAGAUGAGGAAGAAACCAAAGAUGAUGAGAUUGAUUUCAGUGGCAUUGAUCUGGAUACAGGAGGAAUAGACUUUGGUGAUUUAGGAAUUUCAGUCGAGAAUGAAGGUGCUGAAACCAUAGACUUUGACAUUGAGGUUGGUGAUGGGACAGUGACUGAGAGUGGAGAGGGUGUGGCUCGUGGUAAUGAUGCUCUAUGUCUGUUUGAACACAUCCCAACUAGAAACCAGUUUAUCAAUGAAAUCAUAGAGCUACAAGCAUUUCUGGGGCAACGCAGAACAGAGAUGCAGGGAGACUCCGACGUUCUUACAGUCAAUCAGUUCCAAACAGCGCCCACUAUAGUCCAGACAAAGACACUUAAUGAUGUCACGACUAUGCUGUCCCAAGUAGAUGAUAUCUACAAGCGACUGACAGAGACAAGAAUGCAGCAUCUUUUCCUUCUCAUAGGAUCUCCAAAAUAUGUCGACAGAUUGACAGACUCCCUGAAGCAGAAGCUUUCUCUAGAAGAGAAGAUGCUAGCAUCAAGGGAAGCAGUAAAACAGAAACGAUUUGAUUGCCUGGAGGACCAGACUAAGCUUGAACCUCGGGUAGAUGCAUUGGUUGGACGAACAAGGGAAUUACAAAAACAGAUUGAAGGUGACAUAUCCAAGAGAUACAAGAACAGGCCAGUCAAUCUAAUGGGUGCUAUCAACACAAUAUGACAGAAUUAGAUGUUAAGAUUUAUAUUUAUAUUCAUAUCAUCUCACAAACUCAAAGAUAUUUAUGCUAUGAAUUAGCUAGCAAACACUCUUGUAUAAUUUUCUUCUUCUUUGAAUUUUGAAUAUUUUCAAAUCAUAUUGGAGAGCAAAUCACAUUCCUGUAAAACAUGAGUGGAUAAUGUGUAUUCGGGUGAUCAUGUACUGUCAUUAUAUUACAUUCAAUAGCUCAGAAUGGAAUACCAGAACUAUUCCAAGGGUUAGGGAAAAUUGACCCUAACAAGUGAAAUAUUUCUGGUAUUCCCUGUAAUAAAGCCAUCCAAUAUAAUUGUUAUUAUCUGUCUCACCCCCCCC